CUUAGUAGAGGUGUCGGGUAGACUUAUGCCAUCUUAGGUGACUUCAUUUUUGCACUGUUCCACCUACUUUUUUCCAACGCACACAACUUAACGUGAGGGGUGAGGGGGUGCAGACAAGGCUGUGCGUAGCAGUAACCUCUUGAAUCCUUGAAUGGUGUUUGGAGGCUGUCCUCAGGGAUGGCAGAAAAGUAGCUAAAUGGUUGUGAAGGAAAAUUCCAAAUCAAAAGGAGCAAAAAAAUCAAGAAAGUCUGACGAUGAUUUUGUGUCUGGAGUAGAUGAGAACAUUUCUGUCCACAAGCGAAAUCUUUAUUUCGUUUCCUUUCCUGUUGUUUUGUUUUUCAACAUUCUCAGUUCGUUAGUCUAUCACCUUUAUCUAAUUUUUAAGUACCUGUACUGUCAGUUCGCAAGACUGGGAUUACUGCAGCGCUUGCGAAGGCGCGCGGCUACUCAUGUCCAAGAAUUGUCUGAUGGUAACACACUCUGUGAAAUCCCGCCUCACGUCACCGAAAUGUCAUCCAAGUUUGGCCCCAAGCACUCAGCUGGUCCUGGACCAGCUGAUCCAUUGUUGGCCAAACAAAAGGCUCACCAUCGGAAAGCCUUUGAGUAUAUAUCGAAAGCACUCAAGAUAGAUGAAGAAAAUGAAGGUCAGAAAGAUCUUGCUAUUGAACUUUACCGCAAAGGAAUCCUUGAGCUGGAAAAGGGUAUUGCCAUCGAUUGCUCAGGGGGAAAAGGCGAAGUAUGGGAGCGAGCUCAGAGACUUCAUGUCAAGAUGAAAACCAACCUCAGCAUGGCGAAAGACAGGCUGUCAUUCCUUGAAAAUGAGACAACUUCUACUGUGGAAUGCACUGAAACAGAGGAGAAAGUGGGCAUCCUGCCAAAUAUAGCUUCUGGACGUAAACUUCAGGUUCCCAUGAGAAAAGCAACUGAAGGAGUCAGUGGUGGGGGCCAUAACCGAAGCAAUACACUCCCUAGAAAUAUGGGCUCCAGGUCUUGGAGCAACAUUAGCAGUGCUCGUGCUGUGAAACCUUCAUCCACACCACCUGCUGUCAAACGACAGAUGUCUGGUCCAAGCAGUUCUCCAGUUCAUAGAUCCAGCAGCAGCAGUGGUGGAAGCCACAGCAGCCAUGCGGGCCACAGUAGGCACGGCAGUGGCCAGGGAAGUGGAGGUAGCAGUAACACUGGAAGUGGGGCUGGUGGUCCUGGUAAACGUCAACCAGCCUUGAAAGGUGUAGAAACGAAACUUGCCAAUCUCAUCCUAGAUGAGAUUGUUGAAGGCAGCUGUCCUGUGCAGUGGGAUGACAUUGCUGGCCAAAAAGUUGCUAAACAGGCUUUACAAGAAAUGGUUAUCCUUCCAUCCUUGAGGCCUGAGCUUUUUACUGGAUUACGAGCACCAGCUAGGGGUUUACUUCUAUUUGGACCACCAGGGAAUGGUAAAACACUUCUUGCAAGGGCAGUAGCUACAGAAUGCAAGGCUACUUUCUUUUGCAUCAGCGCUGCAAGUCUCACUUCCAAGUAUGUAGGAGAGGGUGAAAAAUUAGUCAGAGCUUUAUUUGCUGUAGCCAGAGAGCUUCAGCCUUCUAUAAUAUUUAUGGAUGAGGUAGAUUCUCUCCUAUCUGAGAGGAGAGAGGGAGAAAAUGAAGCUAGCCGCCGCUUAAAAACAGAAUUUCUUCUUGAGUUUGAUGGCUUAGGUACCAAUAGUGAAGAACGAUUACUCAUUAUAGCUGCCACCAAUCGCCCACAAGAGCUUGAUGAAGCUGCUUUGAGGCGGUUUCCCAAAAGAAUUUAUGUGUCACUCCCAGAUGUUUCUACACGGGAAGCUCUGUUAAGACAUUUGUUAAGCAAACACAAUAAUCCUCUAUCUGCAUCUGAGCUGAAAAAGUUAGCAGACCUCACAGAUGGUUAUUCAGGAUCUGAUCUCACAGCUCUUGCAAAAGAUGCUGCCUUAGGACCUAUAAGAGAACUAAACCCAGAUCAAGUUCGGAAUUUAGAUCCCAAAAAAGUGCGAAGUAUCUCUUUUGGUGAUUUUCAAGAGUCUUUGCGAAGGAUUCGCCAUAGUGUUUCCCCUGGUAGUUUGCUUACUUACCAAAAGUGGAAUGAAGACCAUGGAGACAUGACCAUCUAAAGGAGAUCAGAAAAAUUCAACAAACAAGGAAGCUCUUUGUUAAAAUUUGAAGAGAAAUGCAUUUAUUAGAUGUGCUUUGUAUUAUUUUCUGCGCUUCUACUGCCACUCUUAUUGUGCCAAGAUAGUCUGUCUGUUUUGUUGCGUUUUGUAAAUGUUACCAUGUGUUUGAUUAGAUGCGUAUUUAGAUUGUUUUCCAUAUUUGUUGCAGUUGUGAUGUACAUUAGCACUAUUUAUAUGUUAUGUUUCAGUGAUAUUAGAAGUAUGACCCAAUAUGUAUUUCACUUUAUAAUGUGAUCAAUUUCUGAGUGUCUUAGAGUUUGAUGCCAGUUAAGCAGCCGGAGAAAAGUCAUCUGCACAUAGUGCUAACGUUCAGCAUGUGCCUUACAUCUCUGGGUUGCCCCUUAUGAUCGUUGAAAGAAUGCAGUUUAGUCAUAUUAAUAUUUUGGAAAAAUCAUGGCUUUUAGUGUUGAGCCUAUUUAUGCAUUCCAUAACUAUUCUAUAUCUGCGAGAUUUGUUUUUGUUUGUUUCGCUCAUGUU